GCCUCGGGGAGGGGGGGUGGGGGUGGGUAACACGCACGGCCUCGGGCUUUUGGGGCGCGGGUGAUCAGGCUAUGCCGUGCAUUUUUUAAUUUUACUGUCCCCUCCGUUGUUUUUGCAAUUUUCGCCCUAAGUAACAUUUUGCAGGGGAGGGGGAUCUGAGAAGGGUCUUAUUGGAGCCUGUCUUGCACUUCGGCCGCUUGCCCAGGACCAGCUAUUUCCUGAAACUUCUGUAUUUUUCAUUUUUAUGUGUGUGUGUCUAUGCACUUGAUUAUAUUAGCAUAAUUUCCCUUACACUCCCCUGGCUUCCCCACCGCCUGGGAGGAGUACACAUUGACAGAGGAAGGAAAAGCAAAUUGGGGCUGGGGGAUUUGGGGGGGAAAAGGAGGGGUUUUUUUUUGGCAAACAGAAAAGAGAAGAAAAGAAAAAAAAAUCUAGUACAACGAGAUGGAGAAAAUGUCCCGACCGCUCCCCUUGAACCCCACGUUCAUCCCUCCCACUUACGGCGUGCUCAAGUCCCUGCUGGAGAACCCCCUGAAGCUGCCCCUGCACCCCGAAGACGCAUUUGGUAAAGAAAAAGACAAGAAGAAGCUGGAUGAUGACAACAGUAGCCCUAUGGUCCCCCAGUCUGCUUUCUUGGGGCCCACUUUGUGGGACAAAACCCUUCCCUAUGACGGAGAUACUUUCCAGUUGGAAUAUAUGGACUUGGAAGAAUUCUUGUCAGAAAAUGGCAUCCCCCCCAGCCCCUCUCAGCAUGACCACAGCCCCCACCCUCCUGGGCUACCGCCAGCAACCUCAGCUGCCCCCUCUGUCAUGGACCUCAGCAGCCGGGCCUCCACCUCGGUGCACCCCAGCAUCUCCUCUCAGAACUGCCUGCAGAGCCCCAUCAGACCAGGUCAGAUAUUAUCCACAAACCGCAACACGCCAAGUCCUAUUGACCCUGAGACCAUCCAGGUCCCCGUGGGUUAUGAACCAGACCCAGCUGACUUGGCUCUGUCCAGCAUCCCUGGCCAGGAAAUGUUUGACCCUCGAAAACGCAAGUUCUCAGAGGAGGAGCUCAAACCACAACCCAUGAUUAAGAAAGCUCGCAAAGUCUUCAUCCCUGAAGAUCUGAAGCAGGAUGACAAGUACUGGGCAAGGCGUAGAAAGAACAACAUGGCUGCCAAGCGCUCCCGAGAUGCCCGGAGGCUGAAGGAGAAUCAGAUUGCCAUCCGGGCUUCAUUCCUGGAGAAAGAGAACUCGGCCCUCCGCCAGGAGGUGGCUGACUUGCGGAAAGAGUUGGGUAAAUGCAAGAACAUACUUGCCAAGUAUGAGGCCAGGCAUGGCCCCCUGUAGGAUGGCAUUUUUGGUGGGUUGGCAUUGGAAUAGAUGGACAGCGUUUCCUAAACACCACAUCCAAGCCAACCUUGCUGUCAUCGGCACUUUACUAGAAGCAUCAACAAAAACUGACUUAUGUGUGUGUAUGUGUGCGUAUGUGUGCGUAUAUGUAUGUGUGUGAUGUGUGAUGUGCGCAUGUGUGUGUACACACACAGAUGCACAUUGUAUGCACCUAAGUGGGAGAAUGAGUACGGGUGCAGUUCCCAUUUUUAUGAAACACCCUCCUUAUCCCUCUUUCCUCCCACCCCUGAUUUUUCAUUUAGUUUAAAGAAAAAAAAUUUGUGCCACAUUUUUACUUGGACUAUUGAGAACUAUGGUGGCUAUUCUCUCUCUCUCUCUUCUUUGUCUCCUGCAUCCUGGCCCUCUCACCCCAGUUAGCGCUGCUUCUCUUUAGGCCUUUAUUACUCUUUUGACCCCUUUCCUUGGAUUUAGACGGAAAGAUCCCAGUUUUAAGAAAAAAAAAAGUAGAUCUCAGUUUUUAAGAGUACAAACUAUUGUUUAUGUUUAAUCAAACGUUAACAUGCUAAUAAGGUGCACAGGAUAACUUAGUGCUACACUGCAGAAAAUAUUAAUUUAGAGAUUACUUUCCUCAUAUUUUUAAAUUCUGGUGAUACUUGUCUACAGAUCUCAAGUGUUGUUUAGAUUCAUUAGGGCCCCCAUAUUUACUUAUCCAUAUCUGCUAAGUUUCCUUUUGAGUCUUCGAGCCCCAGCUAUGUAAGAGCACCAUGACUAGGGCACACAGAGUGUUUUUUUUUUGCACCGUCUGUACCUAAAGCAAUAACCCUGUUGUAUGCUAGAGCAUGCUGCCUGAGUCUUACUAGUGGACGUAGGAUCAUUCCCUACCUGAGAGUUUCAUUGUCUUAAAAAAAAAAAAAGAAAAAGAAAAAAAAGGAAAGUGACGCAUUUUGAGCAUGCCCAGAACAUCCCCAGAUAAGAGAGGCAGAGGAAGAUGCUGGGUCUGUGAGAAAAUGGGCAAUUCAUUGAUAUCAGAGCCAAAUAAUAAGUCUCACUCUCAUCAGCUUUUGACACCAAAAGGAGUUUAAUUUUGUCUUCCCCCCCCGCCCCACAUACUUCUUUAGGCAUUUUUCUCCCCUUAUUCCAGUUGAAGAUGACAGAUAUCCAGAAUAUAGUUCAGUGGUUUCAGAUCUGUUUUUUCUUUCACUUUUGUAAAAUAUAUAUACAUAUAUAUAUACGUAUAUAUAUAUGUAUGUAUAUAUGUAUAUAUAUAUGUAUAUAUAUAUAUAUAUAUAUAUUUUGUGAACUCUCUCGCUGUUUCUAAAAAUGAUUUUAGUUAAGUUAGCAAGUUGGGUGUUUUUUAAGCCCCGCCUCUACUUUUCUUCCCUACCCUGGUGUUGUUUUGAAAAUAUUCAUGAAAUAAUAACAAUUCUGGAAUUUCCUUUGUUGCUUUAUUGCUGUUUGCUUUAGGAUGUAAGUUCUGUUAUAAAGUGGACUUCUGAAAAAAAAAUGAAUGUAAAGACACUGGUGUAUCUCAGAAGGGGAUGAUGUUGUCAUAAACUGUGGUUACUCCAAUCGAUUUGAAUGUUUACUCUAGACCAAAAGGAGAAAUUAUUAAAAGAAAUUGUUUAAUGUUUAUACAGAGUAAUUAUAGGAAGGUGUUUUUUUGUACAGUAUUUUUCAGAUACAAAUACUGACCAUGUAUUUUGAAAGACAUAUAUUAUAUAUAGCAAAAGAGAAAAGGAAAAAAAUUUAUUCCAUGUUUUAAAAUUAUAUAGCAAAGAUAUAUAUAUAUAUACAUAUAUAUAUAUAUAAUAUAUAUAUAUAUUCACCAUUAUUGUACAGAGAAGGAAUGCUUUGGGGUUUUUGAAAUCUUUACUAUUUCAAGCCAAUCACUGACUCAUCAGCAUGUUUUCUGCUGUAAAUGAAAAUUUUAUGACAGUACUGAGACUUGCCACAAUGCUUCAUGCUUAUAAACACAUAAGGAACUUUUGUAUUUUCCUUUAGGAAUUAAAAAAAAAAGUCAGUCAGUCAAUAUCACCCAGAAGCACAAAAUGGAUUUUAGUCAAAUAUUUAUUGAAUGAUAACAAUAUUUUUUAGGAAAAGCAUCUGCCACAAAAAUUUUCAUGUUCACUCUAGAAUGACAUAUUGCUGGGAUGGGUUUCCUGCUGCAAGUAUUUGGAACAGUCCCAUUCUCCCUUGCAGACACGUCUCAAAUACGGUGUUGAAAUGUGGGGUGAAUAUUGGUGCUAAGUGUUUGGUCUGUAAUUCGCUAGAUGUUUCUCCUUUAACAAAGAUUGUUCCUUGUUUCACUGGAGUGUAUUAUGUCAACAGAUUGCAAUGUUACUGAAAAAAAAAGAUGGAACAUUUUGUUCUAGAUUAAAUAUUUCUUUUAUUCAAUGAGA